AUGGCCCAGCCUCCUUCACCUACACCACAGGUGAGGGCCCAGUCUCCUUCACCUACACCACAGGUGAGGGCCCAGUCUCCUUCACCCACACCACAGGUGAGGGCCCAGUCUCCUUCACCCACACCACAGGUGAGGGCCCAAUCUCCUUCACCCACACCACAGGUGAGGGCCCAGUCUCUAUUCACCUACACCACAGGUGAGGGCACAGUCUCCUUCAACUACCCCACAGGUGAGAGCCCAGCCUCCUUCACCUACACCACAGGUGAGUGCCCAGUCUCCUUCACCCACACCACAGGUGAGGGCCCAGUCUCCUUCACCUACACCACAGGUGAGGGCCCAGUCUCCUUCAACUACACCACAGGUGAGAGCCCAGUCUCCUUCACUUACAGCACAGGUGAGGGCCCAGUCUCCCUCACCCACACCACAGGUGAGGGCCCAGUCUCCUUCACCUACACCACAGGUGAGGGCCCAGUCUCCUUCACUUACAACACAGAUGAGGCCAUUAUCACCUUCACUUACAGCUCAGGUGAGGACCCCAUCUAUUUCAUCUACACAAUGACUGAGGGCCCCAUCUCCUUCAACACAGGUGAGGGCCCAGUCUCCUUCACCUACACCACAGGUGAGAGCCCUGUCUCCUUCACUUACAACACAGAUGAGGCCAUUAUCACCUUCACUUACAGCUCAGGUGAGGGCCCCAUCUAUUUCAUCUACACAAAGACUGAGGGCCCCAUCUCCUUCACCACAGGUGAGGGACCCAUCUCCUUCACCAACACCACAGGUGAGGGCCCAGUCUCCUCACUUACAACACAGGUGAGGGCCCAGUCUCCUUCACCUACACCACAGGUGAGAGCCCAGUCUCCUUCACCUACAACACAGGUGAGGGCCCAGUCUCCUUCACCUACAACACAGGUGAGGGCCCAGUCUCCUUCACCCCCACCACAGGUGAGGGCCCAAACCUACACCACAGGUGAGAGCUCAGUCUCCUUCACCUACACCACAGGUGAGGGCCCAGUCUCCUUCACCUACUCCACAAGUGAGGGCCCAGGCUCCGUCACCCACACCACAGGUGAGGGCCCGGUCUCCUUCACCCACACCACAGGUGAGGGUCCAGUCUCCUUCACCCACACCACAGGUGAGGGCUCCGUCUCCUUCACCUACACCACAGGUGAGGGCCCUGUCUCCUUCACCUACCCCACAGGUGAGAGCCCAGUCUCCUUCACCUACACCACAGGUGAGGGCCCAGUCUCCAUCACCUACACCACAGGUGAGGGCCCAGUCUCCUUCACCUACACCACAGGUGAGGGCCCAGUCUCCUUCACCUACCCCACUGGUGAGGGCCCAGUCUCCUUCACCUACCCCACAGAUGAGAGCCCAGUCUCCUUCACCUACACCACAGGUGAGGGUCCAUUCUCCUUCACCCACACCACAGGUGAGGGCCCAAUCUCCUUCACCUACACCACAGGUGAGGGCCCAGUCUCCUUCACCUACACCACAGGUGAGGGCCCAAUCUCCUUCACCUACCCGACAGGUGAGAGCCCAGUCUCCUUCACCUACACCACAUGUGAGGGCCCAGUCUCCUUCACCCACACCACAGGUGAGGGCCCAGUCUCGUUCACCUACACCACAGGUGAGGUCCCAGUCUCCUUCACCCACACCACAGGUGAGGGCCCAGUCUCCUUCACCUACCGCACAGGUGAGGGCCCAGUCUCCUUCACCUACAACACAGGUGAGGGUCCAGUCUCCUAUCCUACACCACAGGUGAGGGCCCAGUCUCCUUCACCUACACCACAGGUGAGAGCCCAGUCUCCUUCACCUACAACACAGGUGAGGGCCCAGUCUCCUUCACCUACAACACAGGUGAGGGCCCAGUCUCCUUCACCCCCACCACAGGUGAGGGCCCAAACCUACACCACAGGUGAGAGCUCAGUCUCCUUCACCUACACCACAGGUGAGGGCCCAGUCUCCUUCACCUACUCCACAAGUGAGGGCCCAGGCUCCGUCACCCACACCACAGGUGAGGGCCCGGUCUCCUUCACCCACACCACAGGUGAGGGUCCAGUCUCCUUCACCCACACCACAGGUGAGGGCUCCGUCUCCUUCACCUACACCACAGGUGAGGGCCCUGUCUCCUUCACCUACCCCACAGGUGAGAGCCCAGUCUCCUUCACCUACACCACAGGUGAGGGCCCAGUCUCCAUCACCUACACCACAGGUGAGGGCCCAGUCUCCUUCACCUACACCACAGGUGAGGGCCCAGUCUCCUUCACCUACCCCACUGGUGAGGGCCCAGUCUCCUUCACCUACCCCACAGAUGAGAGCCCAGUCUCCUUCACCUACACCACAGGUGAGGGUCCAUUCUCCUUCACCCACACCACAGGUGAGGGCCCAAUCUCCUUCACCUACACCACAGGUGAGGGCCCAGUCUCCUUCACCUACACCACAGGUGAGGGCCCAAUCUCCUUCACCUACCCGACAGGUGAGAGCCCAGUCUCCUUCACCUACACCACAUGUGAGGGCCCAGUCUCCUUCACCCACACCACAGGUGAGGGCCCAGUCUCGUUCACCUACACCACAGGUGAGGUCCCAGUCUCCUUCACCCACACCACAGGUGAGGGCCCAGUCUCCUUCACCUACCGCACAGGUGAGGGCCCAGUCUCCUUCACCUACAACACAGGUGAGGGCCCAGUCUCCAUCACCUACACCACAGGUGAGAGCGCAGUCUCCUUCACCUACACCACAGGUGAGGGCCCAGUCUCCUUCACCUACAGCACAGGUGAGAGCCCAGUCUCCUUCACUUACAACACAGGUGAGGGCCCAGUCUCCUUCACCCACACCACAGGUGAGGGCCCCGUCACCUUCACCUACACCAUGGGUAAGAGCUUAGUCUCCUUCACUUACAACACAGAUGAGGCGAUUAUCACCUUCACUUACAGCUCAGGUGAGGGCCCAAUCUAUUUCACCUACACAAUGACUGAGGGCCCCAUCCCCUUCACCACAGGUUGGGGCCCUAUCUCCUUCACCUACACAAUAGCUCGGGGCCUCAUCUUCAUCUACACAGGUGAGGGACCCAUCUCCUUCACCCACACCACAGGUGAGGGCCCAGUCUCCUCACUUACAACACAGGUGAGGGCCCAGUCUCCUUCACCUACACCACAGGUGAGAGCCCAGUCUCCUUCACCUACAACACAGGUGAGGGCCCAGUAUCCUUCACCUACAACACAGGUGAGGGCCCAGUCUCCUUCACCCCCACCACAGGUGAGGGCCCAAACCUACACCACAGGUGAGAGCCCAGUCUCCUUCACCUACACCACAGGUGAGGGCCCAGUCUCCUUUACCUACUCCACAAGUGAGGGCCCAGGCUCCGUCACCCACACCACAGGUGAGGGCCCGGUCUCCUUCACCCACACCACAGGUGAGGGCCCAGUCUCCUUCACCUACACCACAGGUGAGGGCCCAGUCUCCUUUACCUACACCACAGGUGAGGGCCAUGUCUCCGUCACCUACCCCACAGGUGUGAGCCCAGUCUCCUUCACCUACACCACAGGUGAGGGCCCAGUCUCCUUCACCCCCACCACAGGUGAGAGCCCAGUCUCCUUCACCUACACCACAGGUGAAGGCCCAGUCUCCUUUACCUACUCCACAAGUGAGGGCCCAGGCUCCGUCACCCACACCACAGGUGAGGGCCCGGUCUCCUUCACCCACACCACAGGUGAGGGCCCAGUCUCCUUCACCUACACCACAGGUGAGGGCCCAGUCUCCUUCACCUACAGCACAGGUGAGAGCCCAGUCUCCUUCACUUACAACACAGGUGAGGGCCCAGUCUCCUUCACCCACACCACAGGUGAGGGCCCCGUCUCCUUCACCUACACCAUGGGUAAGAGCUUAGUCUCCUUCACUUACAACACAGAUGAGGCGAUUAUCACCUUCACUUACAGCUCAGGUGAGGGCCCAAUCUAUUUCACCUACACAAUGACUGAGGGCCCCAUCUCCUUCACCACAGGUUGGGGCCCUAUCUCCUUCACCUACACAAUAGCUCAGGGCCUCAUCUUCAUCUACACAGGCGAGGGACCCAUCUCCUUCACCCACACCACAGGUGAGGGCCCAGUCUCCUCACUUACAACACAGGUGAGGGCCCAGUCUCCUUCACCUACACCACAGGUGAGAGCCCAGUCUCCUUCACCUACAACACAGGUGAGGGCCCAGUAUCCUUCACCUACAACACAGGUGAGGGCCCAGUCUCCUUCACCCCCACCACAGGUGAGGGCCCAAACCUACACCACAGGUGAGAGCCCAGUCUCCUUCACCUACACCACAGGUGAGGGCCCAGUCUCCUUUACCUACUCCACAAGUGAGGGCCCAGGCUCCGUCACCCACACCACAGGUGAGGGCCCGGUCUCCUUCACCCACACCACAGGUGAGGGCCCAGUCUCCUAA